GAGGUGGAAUUUUGGGCAAGAUCAUGCUACUUUUCUCAUCGAUGACACAUUUGCUCUUCGUACAAUUUGAUUUCCGAAACAAGAAUCUAACAGGACUGGGCUUUGUAGACCUUUUGCCAAAGUAAAAAAAUAAACAUCUAGUGCGUUUAGAAGGCGUGCAUGGCCUAAUUGAGUUAUUGCGCACGCACACCACAGAUUAGGCGUUACUAAACGGUGAUAUGCAAAUAAAUGCUAGAACGCACCACUAGGAUCUCACCAGCUCGUGUUUGACUCUGCCUGCUAUGGUUAAUUUCCUCCCAGUGGAAAGACGGAUCAUGACCUAACUAGGGUUAUAUAAAUCUUUGGUACAGAAAUCGUUCCUCUGCUGGUUUCACUCGGCUCGGAGGUAUGCCAGCUAUUUCCGGUUCCAGGUGCGUUCUAUUGUAUGCUAACUAGUUAGCAUCAAUUACUGCAGAUAAUCGGCGAGUUUGGCUGUUUGUUUUCGGAUUAAACGUCUAGCUAAUAUCGUAUGGACGACAUUGUAAAAUAUGCCAGUCGAUUACGUGGAUGCAUCCACAACGUUUAGAUAACAGUUCAUUACGUUUGGCACUCAAAUGAACCUACUUUUGCCAGUAAGUUGAUAGCUACGUGGACGUUGUCGGAUCUUGAUUCGCUAACUGUCAUAGGGGACAAGAUCAAGAAGUGGAACAGACUAUCUUCAGUUUGAUUUGAAGAUAUACGGAUAUUUCCUGUAUCCUUAGGCUGAGGAACUAAAGAGAAACACAUUGUCAGAUUUAAGAUUGGCUUGCUACGUUCCUCCACUAAACAAGAACGUCUUUACCCUGUAAAGUAGGUUGGACAUGUUCUUCAGAAAGUACCUGAAAAUAUUGUAGCCAAGUAUAUUUAUGUAUAGACUAAAAGAGCCAGUUUUACAUCUACAGUGUAAAGAUUAGGGAUUCAAUUUUAAGCUAUUUGUAUUACUCCAAGUUGUAUUUUGGUAUGGUUUAUUUGUAUGGCACUGACUGUUAUAAGAGCAAAAUUGGCUAAAGCAAGGUGAAAGUCUAUUUGGUGAAGACAUGUAGCUAGUACCUCAAGUUGGAAUUUUCCCUUGGGCGUUGGUGUUGCGCUGUGUAGGGACCAUAUUGUUGGUUUCCAUAUAACAUUGAACACACCUACAGGUCUCAUGUCCUGAGGUGCACACCCUCUUAUUGUUUAUAUCUACUGGCAAGGAGAGAGUUAAUUUGACUCAUUCAUCUAAUGUACUAUACUCUAACAAAAUCUUACAGCUGAUAGAAAUAAUAUACAGUUUAACCCAUUAGUACAUUCUUCAUUAGUCUUUUAGUGUAAAAUCCAGACAGAAUUAAGGGCACUAAACUAAGGGAGCUGACAUGACAGCUGUAGUAGGAAGAGUCUGGGGCUGGAUGCGUCCAGCUGUCUCCUACCGGCCCUGGGGCAGCAAAGUAGCACCCGACAAAACCAUGAAAGACGAGGGGCAGACAAGAGGCAGCUGGGGCUUGGGAGGGUUAACAAAAUGGUUUUGGGGAACCGGACAGAAAAGGCAAGCAGGUGACCAAACAACAUUGAUUGACGAGUACUGGGAAGCAAGUGAGGAGAAAAUACAGUCCUUGGAAAUUGAAGAUCUGGGCGAGGGCAAGCUGGUGGCUGAGGGGAAAGGAGAACAUGGUGGCUCCAGAUGGUGGAAUAAGGUUCUGGCGUCCUCCGACUUCCUCUGGCCAAGAGCAGCUGAACCUGGUGGGCUCAAGCAGAGGAAAUGUAUCGGUGGAGGAUGGGACUCUGACAACGAUGGGGAGUAUUCUGACUAUGGAACCCCUCCACCUUCUCCCACACCGAGCUCCUCAUCAGCCUUCCGGUUCUUUGCACGUGCCUGGAAUGGGGAGAUAGUUCCGGAACACUAUGAGAUCUGCUUCAACCUCCUUCGCCACCUGUUUGACCUGUUGGUGGUGGGCUUCCUGUGGACUGUGUCCCCCCCUGCCAAGUUGGUCCUGGAGGUUCUAGGGGUCCAAGGAGGACUGAAGUUGUGGCUCCAUGGAAUGGCCAUGUUUUUUGUCUCCACUGUUGGAAUGGCAGGACUGCUCUGGUUGGUCCAGGAGUAUCUUCCACAGUUUGCUCUGGUGUACGGCAUCGUGCAAGCACUGGUCAUCUCUGUCAGCGUCCGGCAGUGUGUGAUCUUAGGAGAGGGAGAUGAGGUGGAGGAAGAGAAAGGGGAGAAGGAGGUGGAAGAUGAGAAGGAGGAGGAAGUGGGAGAUGACGGGGAAGUUACAGAGAUGUACCUGACUACAAAAUAAUACAUCAAAGGAAAGAUGAUCCCUGAAAGAAAGUUUGUUUUGGAAAUCCUUUGACAUGGAGGAAAGUUGGAGGGAAGAGGGAUGUUUGUGGGUGGGGGGGGAGGGGGUUGUUUCGAGACCCUGACUUGGAGGGACUGAGAAGUUACGUUUCGACAGCCUAUCAAUGCAUAGACAGUCCCGUGAAGAGAGCUGAGCCCAGCUGACACUGUGUGCAAUGAGGAGAGGGAGAGGCUGAAGGACUUUACGCUACAUUUCACCUCACUACUGUGAUAUUCAUUGGAGCUGAGGCAAAGCACGUCCACUACAACCUUGGUCAAAUAGGCCCAGUGAUAACACUGUUGUCAUCUCUCAGUUCUGUUCUUCUGCCUUUUCAUAUGAGUUUCCCUCCCCCUAAAGUACUUUUCUUUUGAUACUCAAAUUCAUACAAUUAUGUUUUAUUAGACAUGGCAAGAGGGAUUCUUUUGUUUUGUUCACAUUAACUUUUGAAUAUCUACUCGACAGAUACCAGCACCUUUUUUUUCAUAGGUUUCUUUCAGUUUGUUUUUUGGAUGUAAGGUGUAUUAGCCUUUUCUGUUUAUUUCCUGUGCCAUAAUACUGCAUGUGUAGGUAGUUUAACUUUACAAGUAUGACUUAGUAUAUUAUCCCUGUCUUUCUCCAUGAUAAUCAUAUUGUUAAUAGUACACUACAAAUUGAACACAUUUAUUUAUUUCUCUGUCUUAUCACAUAUAUGGUUCCUGAUUGAAAGGUAACUUACAGACCAGAAACAUUUAAUGGUAACCCUUUUUUGAAAGAACAUGUGUUUAUAUGAAACUUGGUUGUGCAGUUACCCAGUAGCAAGUUUUGCACAAUCCCAUAGAAACCAACAGUGAAGCUCAGGAACACUAAAUUCUACCUGCAAGGUUUUUUUCUUCCUCAGCAUGAGCCACAAUCUACAGUAUGCAUGCGGAAGAGGGUUUUUACCCACAGUGCCCCUGUAUCAUGAAAGCUUUGAAGAAUGUUCUAGUUUCUACAAUGGCCUUUUUCAGAUCGUUUUUGUAUCGUAGCAAAACAGAUACAGCUAUCAAAACUUCACAGUGAUGCAGAACGUUAUAUGAUACCCUCGUUGUGUACUGAUAAUGAGACCUUUAAACAGUGACACCAUAUCUGCAAUUCCUCUCUGCCUUUUAUCUCUUGUGUGUUUUUGUCACAUUUUGACUUGUUACUCCAUGUGUUGAUUAUAAAGAAAGAUGUUGUUUUGUAACGAGAAUGUGCAAUGUCCCAGACAAGUGCUGGAUCACUGUCAAAAUGACUCGAGAAUCUGAUUCUCAAAAAUAAUAAGGUAGCAAAACAAUCACAUGAAAAUCCACCAUGGCCAUGUUCAGUAGCCAAACAUUGAUCAAUGUUGCAGAUAAAAAAUGCCAUGAGAAGAGUGACAUUAUCUCAUAUGGUGCGUUAAUCCUAGAAGGCACCCUAUUUCCUAUAUAGCCCUAUGGGCACUGGUCAAAAGUAGUGCACUAUGUGGGGAAUAGGGAGCCAUUUGGGAAGCAUCCAAGGCCAUGUGUCAGGUAUUGGGAGCUCUCCGUCAAUAGGAUUCAUACUUUUGGCAGCAGGACAAAGAGAGACCAGAAUAACCUCACUGAUAACAUCAGAGCAGAUCCCUGGAUGUGUCCUGGUCAUUUGACUUAUUUCGACUGGUCGCCAUGGCUACAAACCACUAAUUCAGUAUCCCUCUGUCUUGACCUACAGUGGGAUGAGGUAACUACGGUACAGUCCUGGAAACCUGAACGGUCUUGUAGGUGGGGUUGAUGGGAGAUCCAGGGGUUUAUUCAUUAGUGCACACCGUAGAAAAACAUUGUGCAAUGGAAAUUAGUUCUGGUAGUCUCCCCCUUUUGGCCUGUUUGCUUAUGUAAUGGUUCCUAGUGAAUACACCCAUGGCCUGAACUAUCAGUGUUGUAGGAGAGAUUGUUGGGAGAUGGAGGUCCAGAACUAACAUAAUAAACCAAUAUUCUAAUUUC